CAGCUGUCAGCACGUGUGGGAUCAAUGACAGCUGAAGAAAGUGCGAAGUAAAACGAUAGAAGACCAUUGGUAGGCCUGGACACAUGAGUUCGUGCGCGAGCGCCGCUAACAACCGGCUGGCUAAAAACAAAGCUAAGCGUGGCCGAUAAAAGAGUGGGCUUCCCGGCGGAACGUAAACAUUUUCUCCGCGAUGAGCAAAACACACCUCUACAAGGUCAAACGAAUAACGGACUCGAUCGGGAAAGACUAGCGGCGGUGAACAGCGGCUGCAGAAGGGAGGGAGAUCCCAUCCGGUCCAGCAGUGAUUUCUCAUCCUCCCGCUUACGUCUUUGGCUCCUCCUCUCCUCCGCCCUGCCCGGAGCCCGGAGUCUCAGCGCCCCUCUCAGAGCAGCGGACGGAGACCACCACCAUUCGCCGCCGCCGCCGCUGUUUUUCCGCGCUGCCCUGCCGAUACAAUGGCCUCCGAUGGUAUGGACGAACGCUCCCCGCUGCUGUCAGCGCCGAACUCGGCAAAUGUCACGCCCACCGCUCCGCCGUACCUGCAGGACCCGAGCUCGAGAGCUGAAUUACCUCCACCCUACACAGCCAUCGCCAGUCCGGAUGCAGGGGGAGUUCCUGUCAUUAACUGUCGUGUGUGCCAGUCACUUAUAACUCUGGAUGGCAAGCUUCAUCAGCACGUGGUGAAGUGCACCGUCUGCAAUGAGGCCACGCCUAUAAAAAAUCCACCUACAGGAAAGAAGUAUGUUAGAUGUCCUUGCAACUGCCUGCUAAUCUGUAAAGACACGUCCAGGAGGAUAGGAUGCCCUCGGCCCAACUGCAGACGGAUCAUCAACCUGAGUCCUGUGAUGGUGAUCCCGGAGGAGCAGCCCGCCCAGCCGGCUCUUCCAGUCCAGCCUGAGGGCAUGCGCGUGGUCUGCGGCCACUGCGGAAACACAUUCCUUGGCAGCGAUGAUGAGGAUGAGUGCUCCCAGUCUUCCUCAGGCCUGGCUAUUCGCGGCCCCUCUGAUCUUUUCAAGUGGAUGGAGCUCCGAUUCAAUACACUGGCCAAGUGCCCGCAUUGCAAAAAAAUAUCAUCUGUAGGCAGUGCUCUACCCAGAAGGCGCUGCUGUGCCUACAUUACAGUAGGAAUGAUCUGCAUUUUCAUCGGUGUCGGUUUAACGGUCGGCACUCAGGACUUUGCCAGGCGUUACCACGCUACUUACGUGUCCUGGGCCUUCGCAUAUCUCCUGGGCCUCAUCUGUCUGGUACGGGCCUGCUACUGGGGUGCGAUUAAAGUCAGCUAUCCCGAGAACACCUUUGCGUAGACAAAGAGUCCGUCCUUCACGUCCUUAGUGUUUGAUUUCUCUUGAUUUGAACAGGUUAACUGGUUUAGGUACCUGCUGACGUUUCAGAUUGAGUUAUUGAUUAGCUCUGAUGUAACUGAUUUGAACCCGCAAUACGAUGGCUUGAGUAAGUGAAAUCAGUGAUUCGAAAACUAGGAAAAAUAAUACAAAUAAUCCAUUCGUGGUACGCCUCUUGGAUCUAUCAUGGUGGGUGGAUAUCGAACAUAUUUUACGUACUGCAUUUUGUUACCAACUUGACCAAAAGAGAUCUUUUAUGAACAAUUUGCCCAUUGCACUACAAUUUUAUGCAAUUCUUCUGUUGUGUUGCUGCUAGUUACCGAGAGAUAUUAUGUGUUCAGAGAGCCUGCCAGCACCCUCGAUGGCACUAUCUGUCAUGUUCAGAUAUAUUUAACUCUUCUUAAAAUCCUGUGCCAACAUUUUUUUUUGUUGUUGUUGUUCGCUGUCCGUUUCUCCCUCUGAUGAAAUUCAGCAGUAUUCCCAAACCUAUUUAGGCCGCUCAAACUCACUGUGAGCAAUAAUCAUGCAUUUUUUUUUGUGGCUUUAAAAGAAAAACUGCAUGUACACAGUCACCGGAGCUCUAAAACAAAACAAUUGGUUCAAUGCAACUUAAGCUCACUCGACAGUUUAUGCGUCAUAUCGAUUGAUUAGCAUAAAAAUAAUUUCGAGAAUACGGAUAAAAAAGUGCUGAUGCAAUGGAAGUGAAUGGGACCAAUUCAUAAAUGUUAAAAUACAAAUACUCUGUUGUUCAGUAGUGUAACAGCAAGACAUUUAAGCGGCAAGAUUUUAUAUGUGAAAAAUACAGUAAUAUUAUAAAAUAACUUCAAACAACUAUGUUCUGCUUUAAUAUAUUUAAAAAUGUAUUUAUUCCUGUGAGGUCAAAGUUGAAUUUUCAGCAUCAUUGCUCCAGUCUUCGGUGUGAUAUGAUCCUUCAGAAAUCAUAACGUGCUGAUUUGAAAACAGUUAUGCUGCUCAAUAUUUUUGUGGAUACUGUCGUGCAUUAUAUUUUCAUAUUUCUCUUAUGAAUAGGAACUUGUAUUCGAAACAGAACUGAGUUCAUCUUUAAUGUGUGUUUGCAAAAUAACAGCAGUAACGUAUUUGCAAUAAAUAAUAAAUAAGAACACGUAAAAACCAACUUUACAUUUCUACUUUUAAUUCCCAGUCACUUCCAUUCUAAGAAAUUUACGUUGAAAACUGUUUAAAGAAAACAAGUUGGAAAAACAAAAACUUGAUCUUAACUUGUAUUGAACCUGAAAUGUUCCUUUAAUUUAUCUGACUGAUCAGACACUUGGUGAAUGGGAAAUGACAUGUGCAUGAUUUUAAUUUGAUUCUUUUGUACUCAGAAACAAUGUUUUGUUAGUCUGGGCACGGUGGAAGUGUUACGCCAUGUGUCUAGUGCUCUUUCCUGUGUGUAGAAUGUAAACGCCCCACUGCUAUCCGCCUAAUUCCACAGCUCACCACAACCUUGCUAGUAUUGCUGUAGCUUACAUUUACAGUAGUUCAGUAUUUUGUCAAGAGAAAUGGAGAUACCUAUACUAUCUAAACUUGUUCUGAAUGUGACAAGUCGGUGAAGUCCUUGUACAUAGGAAACUGAGCACACAAAGUCUGUAGUUCAAGUUGGAAUAUGGCUUGGGUCUUUUUAAAACAAUAAUUUCUCAAUAAAAUGCUAAAAUAUUCCCUGC